AUGUGUCCAGAGAACCUCCUCCUGCGCCUGGUGCACAUGGUGUCGUUUGCCUGGGCCCUGGUACAGUCGCUGUUGGACGAUGUGACUGAUGGUCUCAACUCUUUCUGCAAAGACAAUCUGUGCAUCUCCAAAGUCCUGCUGUUCGAGAGAGCUCUGCUCAACCAGCAACUCAAGAAGGGCAAAGAGGUGAGCCAGGAGAGUGUGAAGCAGUUCUAUGAGAGCUGGAUGUCCCGACAGAACACACUGUCGUCUCAGGAGCACCUGGAGCACCUGGAGGAAACCCCUCCCCUCUGCUCUCCCCCCGCGGUGCCCUCUCUGAGACGAGGCUACGCCAAACUCAAGAGUCAGGCCUCCAAGGUGUCCUGGGGCAGCAGCGUAUCCAGUUGUGUGACAGAUGAGACCAUGCUGGGCUCUCGACAGCCGACUCUGGAGCUGGAGGCUGUGGGUCCAGAACAGCUCCGUCACAAACUCAUGAAGAGCAGAAACGUGGACUUCAGCUCCUUUGACCACAGUCUGGAAGAUGAUGAAGAAGCACAAAUGAAAGUCCAGGAGAAAGAGGAGUUCUCCGAACACUCACACCAGCAGGAGGAGGAGGAGGACCACAGAGAGGAGGAGGAGGAGGACCACAAAGAGGAGGAGGAGGAGGACCACAGAGAGGAGGAGGAGGAGGACCACAAAGAGGAGGAGGACCACAGAGAGGAGGAGGAGAGGAGAUGGAGAGAGGAGGAGGAGGAGAGGAGAUGGAGAGAGGAGGAGGAGGGGAGGAGAUGGAGAGAGGAGGAGAAAAGCCUGGACUUCCCAGAAUCCCCCAGACCUCUGAGUCAGGAGACCAGGAAUCUGACGGCCAGCGAGUUACUGCUGAACAAUGCGUUUGAGAGUGAGGAGAUCUCAGAGUCAGAGAGUUUCUUCCUGAAGUUGCCUCGGCCUCUGAAGUUGUGUAUCGCUGUGUACAACACAGUGAUGUCGAAGUCUGAGAUGUUGUGUUACUUUGUGAUAAUCCUGAACCACAUGGUGUCAGCCUCGGUGCUCUCGCUCUUCCUCCCCAUCCUCCUCUUCCUCUGGGCCAUGCUGUCUGUGCCACGCCCAUCCAAACGCUUCUGGAUGACAGCCAUCAUCUACACUGAGCUCACCGUGGUGGUAAAGUACCUGUUCCAGUUUGGGUUCUUCCCGUGGACCACGUCUUCGUACCGUGGCAUUAAUGCGGACCGUCCCUUUGCGUUGCCGAACAUCAUCGGAGUCGAGAAGAAAGACGGAUACGUCCUGUUCGACCUCAUCCAGCUCCUGGCUCUGUUCUUCCACCGCUCUAUCCUCAAGGGCCAUGGUCUGUGGGACAAUAAGGAGGUGGAGAUGCCAGAUUUCUUCAAGAAGCUGAAGAAGAAAGUGGACAAGAAGAAGAGUCAGGGAUCAGAGAAGAGGAGCAGAGAGACUCGCUGUCUGAAGCUCCUCCCUAUCAGCACCUCCUCCAGCACCUGCCUGUGCUGUCGCAGGAGGAGAGGAGGCACAGAGUCUGACGAAGGGAAACCCAAGAAGCAGAGCAGUAAAAAGAGGAGAAAGCGAAACCAAACUCCUCUGACUCGGAAACAGCUCCUGAGACAACAGCUCCGAGAGAAGAUGCUACAGGCCAAGGCUGCGGUCAUUGAAGUAGCACUGCACAUUUACUUACCCAUCAGGCAGUUCUUCUAUGACAUCAUCCACCCGGACUACAGCCCUGUGUGUGACGUGUACGCGCUCAUGUUCCUCAUCGACGUCGUCAACUUCAUCGUCACCAUCUACGGAUACUGGGCCUUUGGGAAGUACUCUGCGGCUGCGGACAUCACUGAGUCUCUGUCUGAAGACCAGGUUCCCGAGGCCUUCCUGGUGAUGCUGCUGAUGCAGUUUGGGACCAUGAUCGUGGACCGGGCCUUGUACCUGAAGAAGUCUCUGCUGGGAAAGUGUGUGUUUCAGGUGGUGCUGGUGUUUGGCAUCCACUUCUGGAUGUUCUUCAUUCUGCCUGGAGUCACCGAGAGGACAUACUACAGCGCUGAGACCCAACGCAACAUGCUCGCAUACAACGAGGUGAAGAAGAAGCUACGGGAUAAAAACAUGGAGUACGCGAGCCGCUAUCCUGCAAAGCUCAGAGUGCGCCACGAAGGGGCAUUCAAGCUUUUCACAUCACCCGCGGAGGUGGAAAACUUUCUGCGCACUUUGGAAGAUUAA